AGUCCCCCGGCCGCGAUGGCGCUGCAAAGCCCGGCGAGCGAGGAAGCUAAGGGGCCCUGGCAAGAGGCAGACCAGGAACAGCGGGAGCCGGUGGGUAACCCGGAGCCGGAGCCGGAGCCUGAGCCCGAACCAGUGCCAGUGCCCCCGCCCGAACCCCAGCCCGAGCCCGAGCCCCAACCAGAGCCCCAGCCCCUGCCGGACCCCGCUCCCUUGCGGGAGCUGGAGUUUGAGCCCGAGCCCAUGGUGCACGAACCUGAGCCCACGCCCACAGUGGAGACUCGAGGCACUGCGCGUGGCUUCCAGCCUCCCGAAGGUGGCUUCGGCUGGAUGGUGGUAUUCGCUGCCACCUGGUGCAACGGUUCCAUCUUCGGCAUCCAUAACUCCGUCGGGAUCCUCUACUCCAUGCUGCUAGAGGAGGAAAAAGAGAAAAAUCGCCAAGUAGAGUUCCAAGCAGCAUGGGUGGGAGCUCUGGCGAUGGGCAUGAUCUUCUUCUGCUCUCCCAUUGUGAGUAUAUUCACUGACCGUCUGGGCUGUCGAAUUACAGCCACGGCAGGGGCUGCUGUUGCUUACAUUGGCCUUCAUACCAGCUCCUUCACCAGCUCACUGAGCCUGCGCUACUUCACCUAUGGGAUUCUCUUUGGUUGUGGCUGUUCCUUCGCUUUUCAGCCAUCCCUCGUCAUCCUGGGCCACUACUUCCAGCGUCGCCUGGGUCUGGCCAAUGGUGUGGUGUCUGCUGGAAGUAGCAUCUUCUCCAUGUCCUUCCCCUUCCUCAUUAAAAUGCUGGGGGAUAAGAUCAAGCUGGCUCAAACCUUCCAGGUGCUGAGUAACUUCAUGUUUGUUCUCACGUUGCUUUCACUCACCUAUCGGCCCCUCCUGCCCAGCUCCCAGGACACCCCAAGCAAAAGAGGUGUUCGUACCCUGCACCAGCGCUUUCUGGCUCAGCUCAGGAAGUACUUCAACAUGCGAGUGUUCCGCCAACGCACCUAUCGCAUCUGGGCCUUCGGGAUCGCUGCUGCUGCCCUUGGCUACUUCGUUCCCUAUGUCCACCUGAUGAAGUAUGUGGAAGAAGAGUUCUUGGAAAUCAAGGAGACCUGGGUGCUCUUAGUGUGUAUUGGAGCUACUUCAGGCCUUGGGCGUCUUGUGUCAGGUCAUGUCAGUGACUCCAUUCCUGGACUUAAGAAGAUCUACUUGCAGGUCCUCUCCUUCCUGCUCCUGGGCCUGAUGUCCAUGAUGAUUCCUCUGUGCCGUGACUUUGGGAGUCUCAUUGUUGUCUGCCUCUUCCUGGGCCUGUGCGAUGGCUUCUUCAUCACCAUCAUGGCUCCCAUUGCAUUUGAGUUGGUGGGCCCAAUGCAGGCCUCACAGGCCAUUGGCUACCUCCUGGGCAUGAUGGCUCUGCCAAUGAUUGCUGGGCCCCCUAUUGCAGGCCUUCUUCGCAACUGUUUUGGGGACUACCACGUGGCCUUCUAUUUUGCUGGUGUGCCUCCCAUCAUUGGAGCUAUAAUCCUCUUUUUUGUCCCUCUUAUGCACCAGAGGAUGUUCAAGAAAGAGCAGAGGGAUUCCAGCAAGGAUAAAAUGUUGGCUCCUGAUCCAGAUCCCAAUGGAGAGCUGUUGCCAGGCUCCCCCACCCCUGAGGAACCAAUCUAAUGCCUCUUUCAUGCCAUUAUGUACCCCUCCUAGCCCUUCCCUUUCAUCCUACCUGCUCAGCCUUUACAUUUUUGCCACCAGCACACUUGUUCCCAUACCUGUACACACAGCAUUGCAGCCAACUGCCCAUUUCCCUAGAGCCCAAACUACAGGUAUCCCAAACUCAUUAACCAAAUUCUCCCUAGGAAUGCCUUCAAACUUGCCAGGGACCUUCUCCUCUCAGGAUCUGAGAAACCUUAGGAUCACCCACCCUCUCAGCCUUUGGAACCUGUCCAAAUACUUUUUAAUCCCCUGGGGUAGGAGGAGGAUGGGACCUCCUAGUCCCAGCUUUUUUGUCACCCACCAAAACCAAUUGACAAAGGUGCUACUGUGUCCCCAGGAGCUUUGGGGAAAGCCCCA